AUGCGGCCCGGGACCGCGCGCCUUCUCCUCCUGCUUCUGGCGCUGGAGCAGCUGUUGGCUGUGGUGUGCGCGCAGGAGCCGGGCGCCGAUUCUUUCAGCUUCGAAGAUGCCGUUGAGGAUGAGGACACAGAGGAGGACGUGGAGGAUGACGAUGACUCAGAAGUGAAGGAGGAGAACGGCGUCGUGGUCCUGAAUGACAGCAACUUUGACACCUUCGUGGCCGACAGAGACGUGGUCCUGGUGGAGUUCUACGCACCCUGGUGCGGACACUGCAAGCAGUUUGCUCCAGAGUAUGAGAAAAUUUCUGAGACGCUGAAGGGCGACGACCCUCCCAUCCCUGUAGCCAAGAUCGAUGCGACCACAGCCUCCAUGCUAGCCAGCAAGUUUGACGUGAACGGCUACCCCACCAUCAAGAUCCUCAAGAAGGGACAGGCCAUCGACUACGAGGGCAGCAGGACCCAAGAGGAAAUUGUUGCCAAGGUUAGAGAGGUUGCGCAGCCCACCUGGACGCCCCCACCCGAGGCGACACUGGUCUUGACCGCUGAGAACUUUGACAGUGUCGUGAACGAAGCUGACAUCAUCUUGGUGGAGUUCUACGCCCCUUGGUGUGGACAUUGCAAGAAACUCGCCCCUGAGUACGAGAAAGCAGCCAAGGAGCUCAGCCGGCGCUCACCCCCGAUCCCCCUGGCCAAGGUCGAUGCCACCGCGGAGACGGGCCUGGCCCAACGGUUCUCUGUCUCUGGCUACCCCACCCUGAAGAUCUUCCGCCGUGGGAAGCCCUUUGACUAUAAUGGUCCUCGGGAAAAAUACGGCAUUGUGGACUACAUGGUAGAGCAGGCUGGGCCUCCGUCCAAGGCACUUGUGGGACUGAAGCAGGUGCAGGAGUUCCUGAAGGAUGGGGAUGACGUCAUUGUCAUUGGGGUCUUCCAGGGGGAGAGUGACCCGGCCUACCAACAAUACCAGGAGGCAGCCAACAGCCUGCGAGAAGACUACAAGCUCUACCACACCUUCAGCCCUGAGAUCAGCAGGUUCUUGAAGGCGGCCCCAGGGAAGUUGGUCGUGAUGCAGCCCGAGAGGUACCAGUCCCAGUUGGAGCCCAGGAGCCAUGUGAUGGACAUCGAGGACUCUACAGAGGCCUCAGUCAUCAGGGACCAUGUGGUGCAGCAUGCCCUGCCCCUGGUUGGUCACCGCAGGCCUGCCACCGAGGCCAAGCGCUACACCCGGCGGCCGCUGGUGGUGGUCUACUUCACUGUGGACUUCAGCUUUGACUACAGAGCUGCCACCCAGUUCUGGCGGAGCAAGGUCCUGGAGGUGGCUAGGGACUUCCCCGAGUACACGUUUGCCAUCGCUGACGAGGAAGACUACACAUCGGAGAUGAAGGACCUGGGGCUUGGUGAGAGCGGUGAGGAUGUCAACGCAGCUGUGCUGGAUGAGGGUGGGCGCAGGUUCGCCAUGGAGCCCACCGAGUUUGACGCUGAUGCCCUGCACGAGUUUGUGAUGGCCUUCAAGAAGGGAAAACUGAAGCCAGUUAUCAAGUCACAGCCGGUGCCAAAGAACAACAAGGGGCCAGUCAAGGUUGUGGUGGGGAAGACCUUCGAGGACAUAGUGCUGGACCCCAGCAAGGACGUGCUCAUCGAGUUCUACGCCCCGUGGUGCGGGCACUGCAAGCAGCUGGAGCCCGUGUACACCGAGCUGGGCAAGAAGUACCGUGGCCACAAGGGUCUUGUCAUCGCCAAGAUGGACGCCACAGCCAACGAGGCCACCAGUGACCGCUACAAGGUGGACGGCUUCCCCACCAUCUACUUCGCACCCAGAGGGGACAAGCAGAACCCCAUCAAGUUUGAGGACGCCAGCAGGGACCUUGAGCACCUGAGCAAGUUCAUUGACGAACACACUGUGCGGCCAGGCCCGGCCAAGGAGGAGCUCUGA